AUGGCUGCUGACCAUUCUCUGCCACUGCCAGACCGCCAGCGAGCGAUCAAGGUGGUCGAAGCGAGCACUGUUCGAUUGGAAAAAGACGUCCCGUUACCGAAGCUCGAAGACGAAGAUGUUCUUGUACGAGUACAUUGUGUAGCGCUGAAUCCGUUUGAUUGGAAAUCGUUAGAUCUUUCCCCAGCUCCAGGGUCAACUUUUGGCUGCGAUGUCGCGGGUGAAGUUGUUGCAGUUGGUGCCAAAUGCCGGAACAAUAUCAAGGUCGGCGACCGAGUCUUCGGCCCAGUCAAAGGCAACGCAUCAGAUGCUCCGGAAAAUGGUGGUUUUGCGGAGUAUGCCACUAUACGCGAAGUCGUCGCAUGGAAGGUCCCAGACGGAAUGCAAUUUGAGCAUGCGGCGACGCUGGGGAUGUCGCUCAUGACGGUUGGCCUUGCGCUUCAUUAUAUGCUGAAGGUUCCACUGCCGCUGGAUUCUCCCGGAAAUAAUGGUACCGGACGUUAUGUUUUCAUCUAUGGAGGUGGAACGGCCACAGGAACUUUGGCUGUUCAGUGUGCUGCACUGUCCGGAAUGCAGCCCGUCGUAGCUUGUUCACCGCGACACUUCGCGCGCAUGAAGUCGCUUGGAGUGGUUGCAUGUUUUGAUUACCAUAUCCCGACAGUGGCAGACGACGUCCGUGAAUUCACCAAUGAUGGCCUCACAGAAGCUCUCGACUGCAUCACAGAUAGCGCGAGCAUGAACAUAUGCUACAAUGCGCUUGGCAGCCAGGGGGGACGAUACGUGGGACUUGAUCAAUUCCCAAUACGUUCUCAUACGCGGCGCGACGUCCGCCCAGAGUGGAUCGUGGCAUGGACUGUGAGCGGAGAAGGCAUUCGAUGGAAACGGCCGUACGCCAGAGCGCCGCGACCAAAGCACAAGGUCUUCGGGCAGACGUGGAAUCCGGUGGCUCAGAAGCUGCUGGACUCCGGGGUACUCCAGACGCAUCCCAUCGACCUACGAAGCGGAGGGCUAGCUGCCAUCCCGGAAGGCGUCGAUGCGUUGCGAAAAGGGCUAACGGAAGGCAAGAAACUGGUGUAUUCCAUCGUAUAGCAAUCGGUUGAUAGCAGGCUCAUGUCGAGCAGGCCUGCGAGCGCUCGCGUGUGCCCGCCCUAGUUGAGAACCCCUGUCAGUGCAGUCGGAUCCUGUAAAGCUUAGUGAACGGCAUUGCGGUGGUUCUCGAGUUGGCGUAAGCGACACUCUCGACGCCGUUCGUGAUCUCGGCAGUGGAAGGUGCAUCCGAGCACAAUUGUGCCAGGAGCAUGCGGCAGGGUCAUUCGGCGUGGUGGGAUUAGUCGGAGUAGCCAGCGAGCGGCCUAUCGUGCAUUCCAAGGGCGUCUGUUGGACGUAAUGGAUUCCUCAAGCCAUGUGUCGCGUGAAUCU